CGCGUGCCCUCUCGCCGCUCAUCUUUCUGGAGGCGGGAAUUCCCGACCCGAACGGGUUAAUCUUUUUUGUUUUUUUUCCCUCUCCCCGAACGAGUUAAUCAGCUCGAGCGGAAUCUCGCGGUGCUGCUGCGUGUCUCUACUGUACACUGUUUACCAGCGCUUCUUACACAACCUCGCGCACUGGCCGUGCUAUAAGUGUAACGAAAAAAGAGUCACCCGUGUCCCUCAUCAUGCAACUGGAAGCACAACUGCACUUGUGCCACAGAUGCCUCCUGUAUUAUAAGACUGGAGUGCGCUUCUUCUCACGAUGCACUUCAAACAGAUCUGCUGUGAAUUACUAUGAGGUUUUGGGAGUAAAACCAGAUGCAUCUCUGGAAGAAAUUAAGAAGGCUUUUUUUGAAAAGUCCAGAAAGCUACACCCAGAUAGCGACCCCGCAAACCCACAGCUCCACACCCAGUUUGUGGCCUUGAAUGAAGCUUACCGAGUGCUGAGCCGUGACGUUUCCAGGAAGGAGUAUGACCUGCGUUUCCGUCACCGCUACUACAGCAGGGGGCCCUUUGCACAGAUGUCCAACCACAUCUAUAGAUCACCACCUAGCAAGGAGCAUGCGGAGUCGAUGCGUUACUGGGAGCAGUUUCACUACGCCCCGCCCCAGGAGAGCACUAAGGAUCGGCAGCAGCGACAGAAGAAGGCAAAUGUGCGCCUGGUUGGCUACUGUCUCGCUGCCAUGUUUGCUAGCAUCUGUAUCCACUACCUUGGUUUCAGGAAACUAGAGGAGAUACACAACAACUUUAUGGAUGAAAAGGACCGAGAAAUCACGCAGAUUUAUAAUGAAUGCAAGGAAAGAGCCAGGGUAAAUGGAUUCCAGAAGCAGAUGGAAAUCUUGAGGCAGAAACAUGCUGAAUUUGUGGAAAAACACAAAUUCCGCCGGGGUGGAGACAACAAAUAGGGUCAGAAGCUGAAAGGCCAAAAGUGGGGACCCUAGGAGUAGGGGCUUAAGGGAGAAUAGCAGUGGUACAGAGGGUAGUCGGAGGGGGGGCUGCACUAAGUGGAUUGUGGACUUUGACAGGGCAUUUUAAUUGAGUGGGAAAACAGUUGUAUGGGUGAUUCUGAAACUGGGUUAUUAGACUUUUAAAAUCGCAGCAAAACUAAUUGGAGAGAGGGAAUUGUUUUGGCUUGUGAACAUGUUUCAAAGACAUAAAGAGGUCAGUAUGAAAUGCAAAGAAAUAUAAUGCCUUGGAGACUAGGUCUGAGAACGGACAUUUUCCCGUAGUUUUCAUUGUACUCCAAUAAGUGAAAUGAUAAGCAAUUACUCAUAUCUCCACAAGUAAUAAAAGGGUAACUUGCACAGCCACUUAAUUUUCCUCCAAGCCUCUUAUACAGAUCAGGACAUUAUGUGACUUACAUUUUCUUUUUCUUGGUAUUAUUGUUAUGCUUUUAAAAGAAUGGCUAUUUAUUUUAUCUUGAUAUUACUUAUGUGGUGGUUCAUGAAAGCAGAAUUCUAAAUUGUAGUGAUGAACAUCUGGUUCAUCACGUGUGUAGAGAAGAGAGAUACCAGGUUCUUGCACUGGUGAAUUCAGUAUCUUUAUGCAGUUACCCACACUAGGAACUCAGAGGCUUGGUGUCACCACUGUGUUGCCUAUUUCAGAAGCAAAAAUAACCAAGGAACUAAGGAAAAAUGGUACACAGAAUGCAAGGUUGAGGACAUGAGUUUUCUCUCCAGUAUUGCAAUGUUACUCAUAAGUAGCUAUCUUUGCAAGUUUUAUUUAUUCUUCAAUUAUGUAUUUUACAUGUGCAUAACAAGAAGCACUUUAUGGUGAUCUUACUCUUGUCAGUUGAACCCACCAGUGUUACACUGGAAAAGUUUAAGAAAAAAUAAAGAAAAU